AGACUGCGCGCGAAGCAAACACGGCGAGGAUAAGGCAAGAUGGCGUCUGACGGUGAAGACGUUAUUGCAGUCGUCACAGUUCAGUGUUCUUAAUCUGUGCGUCCAUGCACACAUAUAUGUCCUUUAUUACACUCUAUUAAAUAGAGUAAUAAUAACUGUUUGUAUAUUAGUCUGAGCGCACUUUGAUGCUUCUCGAUCUAGCUUUGCUUGCUAGUUAGCUUAGCUUGUUAGCUGCUAACAAAGAAGUGAUGAAAACACAUCGCUAAGCAGAGAUCAAGUGUGAGUGUAAAGUGUUGUGAUUGUGUGAAAAUGUGCGAAAGAACCAUAGCAGAGUACGAGGAGGAACUUUGUCCAACAAAAGAGGAGAAGGAGCGACAACAUCAAGUUGUGUUACACACAACAGACAUCCAUCAGCUGAUUGGACACCAAGAAGAAUGUCUCCCUCAUCUGCAGGGGGACAGUUUCACUUUAGAGGAUCCACAGCCCUCACAUUUUAAAGGGGACGGGGGGGAUCCACACAUGAAAGAGGAAGAGGAGGGAGAGUGUCCUGUAGGGCAGGAGGAGGAUGAUGUCAUGACUGUUGUCUCUGUGAAGACUGAAGAGCAUGAAGACAAAGCACGUGAGUCCUCACAGCUUCAUCACAGUCCAAACGUCCAGCAGCCCCUUCACAUUAAAGAGGAAGAGGAGGAUCCACAGCCCACCCACAUUAAAAAGGAAGAGGAGGAUCCACAGCCCACCCACAUUAAAGAUGAAGAGGAUGAUCCACAGCCCACCAACAUUAAAGAGGAAGAGGAGGAUCCACAGCCCACCCACAUUAAAGAGGAGGAGGAGGAUCCACAGCCCCCCCACAUGAAAGAGGAGGGAGAGUGUGUUGUAGGGCAGGAGGAGGAUGAUGUCAUGACUGUUGUCUCUGUGAAGACUGAAGAGCAUGAAGACAAAGCACGUGAGUCCUCACAGCUUCAUCACAGUCCAAACGUCCAGCGGGUGUCAGCGGGGAGUCAUGAAGAGGAGUGGCACACCAGUGUGGGACAGAAGGAGCUACAGGCCCCCUCCCACAUUAAAGAGGAGCAGCUUCAUGAUGAAGAUGAAGCUCAGUCCUUACAGCUUCAUCACAGUCAAAGUGAGGAGAACAGAGGGGCGGAGCUUGUAAGUCAACACAUCACAGAAGCUGAUGGAGAGCAUUGUGAAGAUAUAAAGUCAGAACCAGACAGCAUCUUUGCUCCACUGUCAGACAUGGACCACAUGAUGUCACACUCUUCUGAUCACAGUGACCACAUCCAAAAACCUUUGGAGAGUCAAAAUGACUCUAAAGGUGAUACGAGACAUCACACUAACAACAAACACUUUGACUGCUCUCAAUGUGGGAAAUCAUUUAGACACAAGAGUCAUUUUACAGUACACAUGAGAAUACAUACUGGAGAGAAACCUUUUACUUGCUCUGUUUGUAAGAAGAGUUACUCCACAAAGUGUAACAUGACCACACACAUGAGAACACACACUGGAGAGAAACUUUUUACUUGCUCUGUUUGUAAGAAGAGUUUCUCCAGAAAGGAAUACAUGACCACACACAUGAGAACACACACUGGAGAGAAACUUUUUACUUGCUCUGUUUGUAAGAAGAGUUUCUCCAGAAAGGAAUACAUGACCACACACAUGAGAACACACAAUGCAGAGAAACCUUUUAUUUGCUCUGUUUGUAAGAAGAAUUUCUUCCAAAAGUGUAACAUGACCACACACAUGAGAACACACACUGGAGAGAAACUUUUUACUUGCUCUGUUUGUAAGAAGAGUUUCUCCAGAAAGGAAUACAUGACCACACACAUGAGAACACACACUGGAGAGAAACUUUUUACUUGCUCUGUUUGUAAGAAGAGUUUCUCCAGAAAGGAAUACAUGACCACACACAUGAGAACACACAAUGCAGAGAAACCUUUUAUUUGCUCUGUUUGUAAGAAGAAUUUCUUCCAAAAGUGUAACAUGACCACACACAUGAGAACACACACUGGAGAGAAACUUUUUACUUGCUCUGUUUGUAAGAAGAGUUUCUCCAGAAAGGAAUACAUGACCACACACAUGAGAACACACACUGGAGAGAAACCGUUUACUUGCUCUGUUUGUAAGAAGAAUUUCUUCCAAAAGUGUAACAUGACCAGACACAUGAGAACACACACAGGAGAGAAACAUUUUGCUUGCUCAGCUUGCUCUAAAAGAUUCAACACUAAGAAUGACAUGAUAUUACACAUGAGAACACACACAGGAGAGAAACCUUUUACCUGCUCUGUUUGUAAGAAGAGUUUCUCCAGAAAGGAAAACAUGGACAGACACAUAAGAACACACACAGGAGAGAAACAUUUUGCUUGCUCAGCUUGUGCUAAAAGAUUCAACACUAAGAAUUACAUGAUAUUACACAUGAGAAGACACACAGGUGAGAAACCUUUCCCUUGCUCUGUUUGUAAGAAGAGUUUCUCUAGGAAGCAACAAAUGACCACACACAUGAGAACACACACUGGAGAGAAACCUUUUUUGUUGCUCAGCUUGUGCUAAAAGAUUCAACACUAAGAGGGAAAUCAUAUUGCACAUAAGAACACACACAGGUGAGAAAUCUUUUUUUUGCUCAGCUUGUGCUAAAAGAUUCAACACUAAGAAUGACAUGACAUUACACAUGAGAACACACACAGGUGAGAAACCUUUUACUUGCUCUGUUUGUAAGAAUAGUUUCUCCAGAAAGCAUCACAUGACCACACACAUGAGAACACACAAAGGAGAGAAACCUUUUCAUUUCUCAGCUUGUGCUAAAAGAUUCAACACUAAGAAGGAACUUAUAUUACACAUGAGAACACACACUGGAGAGAAACCUUUCUUGCUCUGUUUGUAAGAAGAGUUUCUCCAGAAGGGAAUGCAUGACCACACACAUGAGAACACACACUGGAGAGAAACCGUUUAGUUGCACUGUGUGUGAUAAAAGGUUCAGGUUUAAGUAUCAGGUCAGUAAACACAAGUGUGUAACAGUCAUGGAAGCUGCAGGGAUGUAAAAACACUUAAACAGUGAUUGUGCUAAAUGUAGUUUAAAGGCCUACUGAAAGCCACUACUAGCGACCACGCAGUCUGAUAGUUUAUAUAUCAAUGAUGAAAUCUUAACAUUGCAACACAUGCCAAUACGGCCGGGUUAACUUAUAAAGUGACAUUUAAAAUUUCCCGGGAAAUAUCCGGCUGAAACGUCGCGGUAUGAUGACGUAUGCGCGUGACGUAGUCAGUUAAAAAAGCUCUGUUUUCAUUUCAUAAUUCCACAGUAUUCUGGACAUCUUUUGCAAUUUGUAUAAUGAACAAUGAAGGCUGCAAAGAAGAAAGUUGUAGGUGGGAUCGGUGUAUUAGCAGCGGACUACAGCAACACAACCAGGAGGACUUUGUUGGAGAGCAGACGCGCUAGCCGGCGACCUCACCUUGACUUCCUACGUCUCGGGCCGCCAAACGCAUCGGGUGAAGUCCUUCGUCCUUCCGCCGAUCGCUGGAACGCAGGUGAGCACGGGUGUUGAUGAGCAGAUGAAGGCUGGCUGGCGUAGGUGGAGAGCUAAUGUUUUUAGCAUAGCUCUGUGCGGUCCGGUUGCUAAGUUAGCUUCAAUGGCGUCGUUAGCACAGCAUUGUUGAGCUUCGCCAGCCUGGAAAGCAUUAACCGUGUAUUUACAUGUCCAAGGUUUAAUAGUAUUGUUGAUUUUCUAUCUAUCCUUCCAGUCAGGGGCUUAUUUUUUCUGUUUCUAUAUGCAGUUAAGCACGAUGCUAUCACGUUAGCUCGUAGCUAAAGUGUUUCGCCGAUGUAUUGUCGUGGAGAUAAAAGUCACUGUGAAUGUCCAUUUGGCGUUCUCGACUCUCAUUUUCAAGAGGAUAUAGUAUCCCAGGUGGUUUAAAAUACAAAUCCGUGAUCCACAAUAGAAAAAGGAGAGUGUGGAAUCCAAUGAGCCAGCUUGUACCUAAGUUACGGUCAGAGCGAAAAAAAAUAUGUAUUUCACUGCAUUCUAGUCCGUCACUCUAACAUUCCUCGUCCACGAAUAUUUCAUCCUCGCUCAAAUUAAUGGGGUAAUCGUCCGAAUCGCUCUAGCUGCGUUGAAAACAAUAGGAACAUAUGAGGGAGUGAACAACUGACAACGUCACGCUACUUCCGGUAGGGGCAAGGCUUUUUUUUAUCAGAGACCAAAAGUUGCGAACUUUAUCGACGUUGUUCUAUACUAAAUCCUUUCAGCAAAAAUAUGGCAAUAUCGCAAAAUGAUCAAGUAUGACACAUAGAAUGGAUCUGCUAUCCCCGUUUAAAUAAAUCAUUUCAGUAGGCCUUUAAAAACACAGCAUGUUUAAUAAGAAUGUAUAUUUGAUGUUGUAUGUAGUGCUUCUCAUCUUCUAGUCUUAUAUGUUGUCCUGUACUUACUGUUUAAGUUGUGUGCAUGUAUUGAAUAUUAUAUAUAGGGUUCGGUAUCGAGUAUCGAGUAUCGAUUGGAACCGGGACUAACUUUCCGAUUCUCCCGGAAUCGUUCAAAAGUUUAAAUUUCGAUUCCAAUUUUCGAUGCUGUCACGCCAAUUUAGUCCGCCGACCGGAAAAAAAUAUGUCCGCCGAACCGGAAGAAGAAGCCGCUGAGCACCAACGAAGAAGCGCCCACCCCCGGAAGUGUUAGCAUAGCCGAGCGAGUCAGUCAAGCUCAAGCAUGGAUAGCGGGCGUCGGCGGUCGAAAGUGUGGCUUUACUUUACAAAAAAAAAAGAAAUAACCGCGAAAUAACAGAGCUCCAUGUCCAUCAAGAAAGGAGUGGAGAGAGAGCUGCAGAUGUCCCAGGACGUUCCACCGAUACUUAUGUCUGACGACCCUGCUGCAUGGUGGUGGAACCAACAAAAGACUUAUCCUUUGCUGUCAGAUCUCGCUUUCUCCUAUUUAUGUGUUCAAGCUUCUUCCACACCCAGCGAACAUGUAUUUUCCACAGCAGGAGACACUAUCUGUCCAGAACGCUCACGCAUCCUGCCUGAGAAGGCGGAUAUGCUCAUUUUCAUAAACAACAACUAUCUCUGAUUUUAUACUGUACCUGCUGCUAAUCUGGACUGGCUUUUGCAAGUUGUUUCUUAUUGUUUAUUUGCUUUUCUGCACCAGGUUAGCCCAUCAGUGGGAGCAUGGUAACAUGUUUAAGUACCUGCAGCAUCAUACACUUGUGUGUGUAAAUGUGUUUUCAUGAGGUUUCCUGCAGCAUCAUACACUUGUGUGUGUAAAUGUGUUUUCAUGAGGUUUCCUGCAGCAUCAUACACUUGUGUGUGUAAAUGUGUUUUCAUGAGGUUUCCUGCAGCAUCAUACACUUGUGUGUGUAAAUGUGUUUUCAUG